CUCGCUGACUCGCGGGCUGCGAGGCCUGGGUCCGUCGCGCCGCGCCGCGCGGGGCCGCUCGGAGUGGAGGCCGCCUGGGGGCGGGCGGGCUGGAGGCGCAGGUGCAUGUGAAGAUUUCUUGGCAGCUUAGUGUGGAAACCAUUGAUCACCUUGCCCUCAUUUCUGCCUGUUCUGUGUCAGCAAGAGACAGCGCCCAAAUGAGCAAGAUAGCCCAGCAGAAUAGUGCUCCGGGAAUAAGUGUUAUUCAUACUCAGGCUCCUGCCGGCGGCUUACAGCAGGUUCCUCAGCUGGUGCCUGCUGGCCCCGGGGGAGGAGGCAAGGCUGUGGCCCCAAGCAAGCAAAGCAAAAAGAGCUCGCCCAUGGAUCGCAACAGCGAUGAGUAUCGUCAGCGCAGAGAGAGGAACAACAUGGCUGUGAAAAAGAGCCGGUUGAAAAGCAAGCAGAAAGCACAGGACACGCUGCAGAGAGUGAACCAGCUCAAAGAAGAGAAUGAACGGUUGGAAGCAAAAAUUAAAUUGCUGACUAAGGAAUUAAGCGUAUUGAAAGAUUUGUUUCUUGAGCACGCACACAACCUUGCGGAUAAUGUGCCACCCGCUAGCACUGAGAAUACGACUUCUGACAACGCAGGGCAGUAGACCUCACCCCUCCCAAACCUCACGCCCUGUGGCUUGAACGUUAAAGGUGUGACUGCGUACAUCACUCGUAUCGAUGGCCGAACCUUGUCCCAUUAUUCGGAGACCCACUGAAGGUUGUUUUCUAGAAUCAGCGCUGAAGAGUUGAUUAGCUAAGAAUGUUAGCCAUGUAAUUUGAGGAUCUAGUUUUAAAUGAUAUGGAUUUUUUUGUGGGGAUGAAACAAAUUUUUAAGGUAUAUGGUAAAAAAAAAAAAAAGCCCUGGACCUUGAUAUUCUUAAUAAAUCCUCACUUCC